UCAUGAUGUCGGAAUGAUGCCGGAAAGAGGCUCACACACGUAAACCAAAAUCCAAUAUAUUAAGGUGGAAGUGGAUGUAAAAUGAGCAUACUACUUCAUGGCGUCAUUCGGAGGGAAAGUUGACAUACCAAGGGGAACAUAACCUCUACCGACAUAGAUUACUGGUGAAAUAUAAAAUGGAAUCAGAUGCAAGUCUGACCUGUACCGCCGUAAUUGAAUGGCUAAGUGCUCAGGGAACGAUAAUAAAAAAGGCAAAUCACAGAACUGCGGUUUUAAGGUUAGUCAGAAACAACCAGCGAGAGAUAUUCAUAGAGGCUCGCUCAGAUAAGCCAAGCAUUCGGACGCAGCUAGAGCUGAGAAAUAUCCAAGUCUUUAAUAGAUUCAUGACAAAUGGAAAGGCAUCGAUAAAAUUCCAGAAAGAGAACUGUACUAUGUUUCUGUCAAACGCACCCGCGGCUAGUCUGGUGAAUUUCCUGAAAAUGAUAUUCGUUAAAAUGACUGGACAAGGUGAAAAGCCUAUGAAGAAUCCUUUGAGGGAGACAUUGCUGACGAAUAAAUCCAUAGGAGGGAUCCAAGAGAUCAGCCCUGCCACCACAGCGGAGAUCAAGAAGGCACAGGAAAAAGCUGCAGCGGUGUCUCGUAGCACAAUCACUACUCCAUCGCCAAGUGGAACUAAAAAACGUCCAGCUACUCAAAAUAAUACAAGGAACCUCACUGGAAAGAGGCUCUACGAGAAUCCUGCAGCAGGUCAGCUGAACGAGGAACAGAAGAAGGUGCUGGAGGCGGCACUGAGUGGAAGAAAUCUUUUCUUUACAGGCAGUGCAGGCACUGGAAAAUCAUUUCUACUGAAGAAAAUCAUCGGAGCAUUGCCACCAGAUGUUACCACAGUCACUGCGAGCACUGGUGUAGCUGCUUGUCAUAUAGGCGGAGUUACUUUGCAUCAAUUUGCCGGAAUUGGAUUAGGCACAGCUGGACUGCAAAAGUGUUAUGAACUCGCUUCUAAAGCAGGCAGUGCUUCAAUUUGGAGGAAAACUAAGCACCUAGUUAUAGAUGAGAUUUCCAUGGUCGAUGGAGAUUUUUUUGACAAAAUCGAAGCGAUAGCCAGGCAUGUUCGAAAAAAUGAUAAACCUUUUGGAGGCAUCCAGCUGAUUCUCUGUGGAGACUUCUUUCAGCUCCCACCAGUAUCAAAAAGAGAUGAGCAGGUAAAGUUCUGCUUUCAGAGCAAGGCAUGGAAUACUUGUGUGCAAAUGAACUUUGAACUGCACAUUGUGCACCGGCAGAAGGAUCCCGAGUUUGUGAACAUCCUGAACAGCAUCAGAAUUGGCAGAGUCACUGAUGAUAUCGAGAACACUCUAAAAGCGACUGCAAAGCAGAAGAUAGAGAAAAACGGAGUGUUGGCCACUAGGCUUUGUUCGCAUGUUAACGAAGCUAAUGAGAUUAAUGACUCACAGUUAGAACAGCUGUCAGGGUCUUCUAUGGUAUUCAAUGCACAGGAUUCUGACGGAGCAAAUACAAAAAUGCUGGAUCAACAACUUCCAGUUCCUGCGAAGCUUCUUCUGAAGAUCGGCGCGCAAGUGAUGCUGUUAAAGAAUUUGGAUAUAUCUUCAGGUCUUGUCAAUGGUGCCAGAGGUGUUGUUACAAGUUUCAAGGAUGGCUUUCCAGUAGUGCAUUUUAGAUCUGGUGCUGAGUACAUGGCCAAAGUGGAAAAGUGGACAGUUAAGGCAGGAGGUGGUAUGAUAUACAGAAAACAGAUUCCCCUAAAACUUGCAUGGGCCUUUUCCAUUCAUAAAAGCCAGGGUUUAACUCUGGAUUGUGUAGAGAUGAGUCUUGCUCGAGUCUUCGAUGCUGGCCAGGCUUAUGUAGCACUGUCACGUGCAGAGAGUCUUCGGUCGCUUCGUGUGCUUGACUUUCAUGCACAGCAAGUCUGGGCAAAUCAGUCCGUACUUGAGUUCUUCAAACGGUUCAGAAGGUGUAUACAUGAAAUGGAGAUAAUUCCUCUAGGAAAGAAGAAGAAGAUUAGUAAUAAUUAAUAAUAUUUAUAGCAUAAUUGAAAAAGGGACUGACGCAAUGAUACAAUCAUGUACAAUUCUAUGCCUUACUUUAUCUUACCGUUAUUUGACGCGGAUAGACAACUUUAGACAAUUUUAUAUAGCCAUUGAAUAAGCUAUUAAAACGUACACUCAUCAUGUAACAUUGGAAACCAUAAGUUUUAUUCUUUUUUACAUUUUACUCUUAGAUAACAUAGAAACAAUUAGGGAUAGUUUUUGGAGUGUUAACAAUCAUCGAC